UGCAGCGCAGAGUUGCGGAAUGUCCUGGUGAUUAUGAAUCGCUCGCAAUUUUCUCUUUUUUUGGACGCGUGGGUGGUUGCAUGUGGCUGGUGCAACGACUUUUUAUUUCACACACAGUGGAGAAUUUAAAGCUAUCUACUUGUGCUAUCACCUUCAGUAAAACUAUUUUCGUUUGGAAUGAAGAAAAACAAAACAAGACCACCCAAGAGGAUUUUCACGCUGAUUACAGAUUUAUGUAGAUGCGAGGCUGGGCGGCCGCGGAGAGCGGAGAAAUGUCGAGUGGAAGGGGGGAAAAAACACCCCGAAGAUCCCAAAGCUUUUAGAUAUGCAUAAGAAACGUUUGAAUUUAUAUCGUGCCUUUCACGUCCCAUAUCGGACGUCGGGCAAUUAAGUAGUUCUGUUUCUACGAAAUUCGACUAAUUCCAGUGUUUAUUUUUGUGACGGGCUGUGGAUAAUAACAGGGCUGUUGUGAGUUUCAGCUCCUUGAGUGAAGGGCAGUCCUUGCCAUUCAAUGUGUAGGAAGGAACUGCAGAUGCUGGUUUAAACCGAAGAUAGACACAACGUGCUGGAGUAACUCAGCGGCAGCAUCUCUGGAGAAAGGGAAUAGGUGACGUUUCGGGUCGAGACCUUUCUUCAGACCAUUUAAUGUUGCAAUGUCUCGGACCAACUAUGGCCUCGAUUCCUGUGCGGUGCGAACGGUCCUUGCUGUCCCAUCCAGCGAGGUGCAGUUUGACACCGGGUUACUGGCGACUGCUGUGGUGCUGGGCAUCAUCCUGGGUACCAUUGGGGCAGUUCUGUUAUACUUGUUUGUUUUGGAAUCCGUCUUGCAAAGAAAGCAAAUGUGUUCAGAUGGACUUGAGGACAGUUCCGAUUCUGAGGAUAUCCAGAGUUAUGACAGCAACUCCGAGACACCAAUGGAAAGAACAAAAGCAGGAGCUUCCGUUCUUCAAGAGGAAGAUGAAUUAUCAAUCAACAGUGAUAUAGCUGCUUUUGCACUGAAAGCAAGAGUCAUAUAUCCCAUUAAUCAAAAAUUUAGGCCCCUAGCAGAUGGAUCAUCCAACCCUUCUCUAUUAGAGAACUUGAGACAGAAAGCUCAAAGCAAAAUGAUAAAAGAUAUUGCUUCAACUGAAUCGGAGUCACCCAGUCAAAUGGAUGAAAGAGAUUAUUAUUACUAUCAAAGGAAUUAUUCACCGCAGGAUCCUAAAGCAUAUAAUGAGGAUAGAAUGGUUUUGAUAGUAAAUUUCUUUCCAGAAAUACUGGCCUAUUCAAGUCCUCAGGCUGACCUUGGUCUGCACAGACUUAGCCUGCAAGAUCUGAGACAAUUAGAUGCAGAAAUGUAUCAAGAAAAAUGUUCGAUGUUUCUUCAGUUAUUACGAAUAGAAUUGAAUAAUUUGUACCUAAGGGAGAAAAUUGAUGAAAAUUUCUACAGGGAUUUUCUUUCCAAGCAAGAGAAGGAACUGAAAGAACUGGUGAAGAAACAUCAGCCAAUGUUGCCAAAUGCAGCUGACGAGAAGGACUCUGAGCACCAUUGUACUUUGGAAGAAACUGAAAGGAAUGAACAUGAUUAUUUUCAGUGUGCCAUACAACAGAUGACUGGAUUCUUCCAGCAAACCGAACGCUCCCAUUUCUUCCUGCUGAAUCAUUCUGGGCUUCCUAGAAUCACUGUGGAGGCGGUAAUGGAGAGCGUACAUGAAAAAAUGUCACAGGUGGAGAGUCUGUUAACUGAUGUUCUGACUUUGCAAGUCACGGUUAUUCUGGAUAAGGUGAUGCGUUGGAAAUUCAUGGCAAAAAGCCUUCAAUUACUCAAGUGGCUUGCUCAGCAGGAAAGCAAAAUCAAAUUGAAGAUGGUGACAUCUGUCCUGGACACUCUCGCCAGAGAUGGUAAAUUGGCAUCUUGGCAAAAAGAAGAGAUAACAGCCAGAUUACAAAAUUCGUUUCAAGGUUAUGUGAACACUUUAAAUAAUGAAUUUGCCAAGCAGACCAAAGGCAUCAUAUCAGGAAUGAACAAACGGCGCAGGACUCUGAUGAAGAGACUUGAAGAGACACAAAGCGAGGAUGCUAGGAUUCAGAUGGACAGGGCUAGGCAAAUAAUUGCUCCAGAUGAUUUUAUUAAGAGUUAUCAUGAACUUGAGGACCGCCACAGGCAGAGCCGUUCUGAAGUGGAGGAUGAAGAAGAUCACAAAGGUGCCAAGGCAGUUACUGAGCUGUGGAAGAACCUGCAAUUUGCCUCAUCACGCACUAUGGACAAAUUGAUCGAGGAGCUUUUUUCAAUAACUCUGCCCGAUGUUAUUGAGGUAUCCUCAUCUGCCAUGAAAACCCUGAGAAACCAAAUGCAGCAAGAGCUAAGUGCAAGCCAACAGGCAGCAGAAGAGGAAAGAAAAUGGCAUUUGACAUUAUCCCAAGAAAAACUGGUCCAAAUGAAGCAGGAAUGGCUAAAUGAACAGGCACUUAAUUCAGCUAAACAGAAGCAUCUGGUUGAUUAUCAGGAACAGAUUAUUCAAAAUUUCCUAUUGAAGCAGACUGUAUUAGAUGAGAAGAUGUCUAACCACAUUGUGCUGGAGCAGAAGACAGCUUUACAGUCUGUGGUUAGACAGUUAACUGUGAGACAUCUUAGUCUAAUGACACUCAAGGAAAUGAAGCUUUACAAGACGAAAUGUCAGCUGGAUGAAUUAGGGGAACAGCAAUCGAAAGAACCUCCCAUUUGGGAUGAACAUGAAGAUGAAAGCAAGAAAUUACAGGAUAAUCUGGUGUCCAGAUUGUCAAAAGAAAAGGAGAAGUUGUGCCAAGAGACUGAGUCACUUCUUCACCAGCAACUCAAUGCCGAAUCUCAGGCACUCAUGGAUCUUUUGCAGCAUCACAUGGUUCAAGUGAUAGGCCAUGCUUUAGUCCAGCAAACUAGAAUCAACUCAGCCAAGCAGAAUCACAAAGACAGCACAGAUAAACUCAAGAAUCUAUUGGUAGAGAGAGCGACAGAGAGUGUCUAUGUGACCAUGGAAGGUGCAACUGGACUGAUCCAGAAUUAUUACCGACAAAUAGACGAAAUUGUGGAGCUCUACAGAAAUGACAAAAGGAAUCAGCUGCGAUCGCUGCAAGAGACUUAUAAAAGGAAAAAAAUGAUUAAGGAGAGGAUGACGGAAGAAAAUCUUAAUGCAGACAUGGCUAAUGUGAAGACAAAGCGCUUUACUUCAACAAAGAUUCAACACAAGAUGAUGCUUCAGCAGAGGAAUAUUAGGUCCUUGCUUUUCCUUGAAGAGGAUGCAAAUAUGGAGUUCCUAAAACAGAGAGCAGAGCUGAUCCAUCAAUCGAAAGAGCAGCUUGAUAAACACCUGAAGAUGGCAGAAGAAAAAUUCAUAUCGCAGCUUGCAGGUUUAGCAAGAGUUUCACAAGCAGAAUGGAAGACCCUGGAGAAUGAAUUUCUUGCAGGAAAGAAUCCAUCUUUCACUCAAAAACUAUACAGAACAACUGUCUAAAAUCUAAGCCGCACAAGCAAGAAAUUGAGCACGACUCCAGCCAUUGAUGCCAGUGUGCUGUAAAGAAUAUAAUCUUUGCUUCAUGAUUAUAUUGUACAUAAAUAUAUCAUCUGGCUUUGAAUUUAAAAAAAAGCCUUGCCUGUUUUAUUUCUGACAGCUUGCAAGGAACUGAAUAUAUGGCCAAGCCCUGGUGGAGCACAGAUCCAUAGUUGUCAAUUAGAUUUGUUGCCACAUGAACCAAAUUACCAAACACCACAGGAUACUUGAAUCCUAAAAUAAAAGUUCAAUUUUAGUUACCUCUUAAGCCAUUGCAGUAAUUUACAUAUAGAAAGGUGAAAACACGUUCAAAUAUAUUUUUUCGUGGCAGCGAAGUGUAAAUAAACAACAGAA